AGUUGGCAAGCACGUUUGAGGAGCCGCACUCCUGGCAAAGUCGACUGAUUGCAGACAGGUUGGCGUCUUCCUGCUGAAGUGCAGUCAUGUUUCUCCAGUAUUACCUCAACGAACAGGGAGAUCGCGUCUAUACGUUAAAGAAAUUUGAUCCAAUGGGACAACAGACUUGCUCUGCCCAUCCUGCUCGCUUUUCCCCUGACGACAAAUACUCAAGACACCGAAUCACCAUCAAGAAACGCUUCAAGGUGCUCAUGACCCAGCAACCGCGUCCUGUUCUCUGAGAGUUCGUUAAUUUCCUCUGCUGCCCGCCCGCAGGCUGAUUAUCAGUAACCAAAUGCAGCAAUCCGUGAGCAGGGACGCCUUCGCGGCACUGUUUGGAAUCCUAUCUCACCACGUGACUGAGUAUCGUAAUGGGCAUCUCCCGUAAAAGGAACAAUCUUAACUUUUGUUUUUCAUGCUUUGAUUUAAUGCUAGGUUAUUAAAGAUAGAAUGACUUGAAAGUUCAUUUUGUGUGUGGUUAGAGGAAAAAAUUGGGGGAGGGUCGUACCGUUUGCAGCACAGGGCCACUUGAGAAACAUCUUAAGUAGUAGUGCUUCGCCAUGAAAGGCUGAGAAAGACUCCUACAAGGGUCAGCUUUCACCGAAAACAUACUCUAGUCCCUGAAGUCAAUUGUGGCCUCUUUAAUAUUCUCCAUUCCUCAAAGGCCAAAAGACUGAAUUGUGAAGUUAGGGAACUGGUACCGUUUCCCCUUCGUUCUGUAAGGAGUAAAGGCACUCAUGGUGUUUCAUCUCCUGAUUUUCUCAUUUUUAAGGGUGUGAAGGUGAAGCUCCUUAAUAAUUAUACAGGAUUUGUUCAGCUGUCAUAAGUGGGCAUGCCAUUUACCAAGCUUACUGUCUUGGAAAUAUACCCACACUUUUUUUCUCUCUAGUUAACUUACAUAUAAUACUCCUACAUUUUAUAUUCUCUUUGGCAGCCAAAAGCUGUGUGUAAUAAUGCCCCCACAGAUCUUAA